AUGGGAUCAAUCAAGAAUGAGAUUAGUUCAUCGUCAUGCACCAUUACUGAAACAUCAACACCUUUUGAAUCCAAGAAAACUUCAUUAUCUUCUGAUUUUGAACAUAUUAACCUAACCCCACCAAGCCUGAGCUUCCCAGCUGUGAAAUUCGAGUUGGACGCAGAUGUUGAAGUGCAGUCACCGGAUAAUAAUUCCAUGUGGGAAACAUUUUUCUCCGAUCACUUGGAUUCCGAUUUCAUGGUGUUAUCUCCCGUCAGAAACUUCCCUUCACCGGUUGCUUCUCCUCCACGUCAGUUUAGCAGUGUUCAUAAAGGGAAAGGGCAGAGUCCGCUGCAUAGGGUUUUUAACUCUCCGAAUAAUAAUCAGUACAUGCAGAUUGAGAGUUUGUCUUCUUUGCCUGGUAUUGAAGAUUUCUUGGAUGAUUAUCGGGAUCAUGGACUCGCCGGCGUCGGAGGUGGUGGUAGUAUUUAUCAGCCCACUAGAUUUUCUUCGGUCACCGGAAACUCUUCGUCAUCGUCUCAGCUGUUUGACAUGCAAAUAACGGAUCCUCCAUUGUUGGAUUGCUUGAGUAUGCCGAACUCGUCGAGGUUUGGUGGAUCGGCGAUGAGUGAAACGUCGUCGGCUGGCUCUCAAGUUCUUGCACGAGACAGCGAUCAUAUAUUUCAUAUGGAGUCUCUGAGAAAUGCACCGCCGCUGUCACAGCAUUUUCAACUCGAGAAUCAACAGCUGCCGCCACCGUCAACCACUCCUCCACCACCGUCAUCGACGCCGUCGCCUACUGAACAGCAGCAGCAACAGCAUGGACUGAACCACAGCUUGAUGGCACCUCUCCCUAUUGGUUCUGAGCAGGAGCAAGACAGUGGACUUCAACUAGUUCACCUCCUUCUUGCUUGUGCUGAAGCUGUAGCCAAAGAGGACUACAUGUUAGCAAGAAAAUGUCUGCACCACCUCAAUCGGGUGGUCACACCUCUCGGCGAUUCUAUGCAGCGAGUCGCGUCCUGCUUCACGGACGCUCUAAGUGCGAGGCUAGCUGCAACAAUUAGCACAAAUCCUAGUUCCUCCACCACUAGUCCAAAAUCUUUCUCUCCAUACCCACCAAACUCUAUGGAAAUCCUGAAAAUAUACCAAAUUGUAUAUCAAGCUUGCCCAUACAUAAAAUUUGCUCACUUCACUGCUAAUCAAGCAAUUUUCGAGGCCUUUGAAGCAGAGGAACGUGUUCAUGUUAUUGACCUAGACAUUCUCCAAGGGUAUCAAUGGCCAGCUUUCAUGCAAGCCCUAGCUGCUAGACCUGGGGGAGCUCCGUUUCUCAGGAUAACAGGAGUAGGAUCCUGCAUAGAAACUGUAAGAGAAACCGGACGGUGCUUGACAGAGCUUGCUCAUUCUCUUCAUGUCCCAUUCGAGUUUCAUCCAGUAGCUGAAGAACUCGAAGACCUGAAACCCCAUAUGUUCAACAGAAGGGUCGGUGAAGCUCUUGCUGUAAACUCCGUUAACCGUCUCCAUAGUGUCCCUGGAAACUGUCUACCGAAUCUUUUAGCCAUGAUUCGUGACCAAGCACCGAACAUAGUAACACUAGUCGAGAAAGAAGCUAGCCACAAUGGACCAUACUUCCUGGGUAGAUUUCUCGAGGCAUUGCACUACUAUUCAGCAAUAUUUGAUUCAUUAGAUGCAACAUUUCCGCCGGAUUCUGCACAGAGGGCGAAAGUGGAGCAGUAUAUUUUUGCUCCGGAGAUAAAGAAUAUAGUAGCAUGUGAAGGGGCGGAGAGAAUAGAGAGGCAUGAAAGGUUGGAGAAAUGGAGAAAGAUAAUGGAAGGAAAAGGAUUUAGAGGAGUACCAUUAAGUGCAAAUGCAGUGACUCAAUCUAAGAUAUUGUUAGGCUUAUACUCUUGUGAUGGGUAUAGAUUGACAGAAGAUAAAGGUUGCUUGCUUUUAGGGUGGCAAGAUAGAGCAAUUCUCGCAGCUUCUGCAUGGCGAUGCUGAUCGAAGACCAUAAUGAUAAUUAUUAUUAUUAUCUUCUAAUUUCCCUUUUUUAAAAAAUUUACUUGUAUGUGAUGAUCAUAUUCUUUAAGGCUUCUUUUGUUUGUUUA